CACACAUAUAUAUACAUAUAAAUAUUAUUUUUUUCUUAUAUUUUCUUUUUAUUGAAAUGGAUGUUUUGAUAUAGGAGAAAUUAGGAUUUGGUCUGCUCUCUCUCCCUCUCUCUCUCUCUCUCUCUCUCUCUCUCUCUCAUUCUCUCUCCCUCUUCAUGUAUAGCUAUCUACCUACCUAUCUAUUUUUUUCUAUCUAUCUAUAUAUUCAUUUCUCUUUCUUCCACUGUAUGUCCGCUUGGUCAUCGCCUUAUUUAUAUAUAUUUAUCUUUAUCCCUAUGAUAUAACUAAAUGAAUGUCAUUUCCCUAAGCAAAAUUGCCCUGGAGCGAACUGACCGCGUGUUUCUCCCGCAGGUUGGUUGCGAGCUGGCCGGCGGGUUGCCUGACGCCCCCCCACAACACAGCACCGUGGCUGCCAACUCAGCCCCCGUGGCGGCCUACCCGCCCGCCCCAGACAUGUCGCACAUGUCCGCCUACUACAACAGCUACCCCGACUACCGGCCGCCCCACCCGCCCGACGAAUACCCGGGCGCGCCGGGCGGCCAGGGAGGCGGCGGGGGCGGCGGGGGGCACUGCGGCCAGGAGUACGACCCCCGCAUGCCCCCCACACACCCGUACUACACUCAGCAAGGCUACCCGCGCUACCCGCCCUACGACAGACUCAUGAACAAUUACUACAACGCGCAAACACCUCAGCACCCACAGACUCCACACGGCAUGCAACCGCACGACGCCCACGACUACCGCGACCCCUCGCCCGCGGCGCCCACGUGCAUGGGCCAGCAAGCGUCCCCGCCCGUGCAGCAGUACUCCUCCUGCAAGAUGGCGGGGCAGCAGCAGGGUCCGCCGCAGCAACCACAGCAGCAGCCGGGCAUGGAUCCGUCCGGAGGUCCUCCUCAAGACACAGCCCACCACAUGGCCGCGCAGGAACAUGGCCAGGGAUGGCCAACUCAGCAGCCGCAGCAACAAAAUACCCAAGCCGCCCUCCCUUCACCACUCUACCCGUGGAUGAGAAGUCAGUUCGCUGAGAGGAAGCGUGGACGACAGACCUACACGCGGUACCAGACCCUUGAGCUGGAGAAGGAGUUCCACUUCAACCGCUACCUGACGCGCCGACGGAGGAUAGAGAUCGCCCACGCCCUCUGCCUCACCGAACGGCAGAUUAAAAUCUGGUUCCAAAACCGCCGGAUGAAGUGGAAGAAGGAGAACAAAACCAAAGGAGUGGAGAACGGCAACUCCCUCUCAGAGACCCCUACCCCCACCUCCCCCACCCAGUGACCUCCGAGCUGCGGGUCGGUUGCCAAAUAUUGACCUAGGGUGUGCAAAAGUGCCAGUGCAGAGUGUGUGACCCAUUUUAUACUGGAUAAUUAAGUGCUAUUUUACAUAGUCUACGUGUAUGUGCUCCGUAUGUACAGUGCAUCUCCAAAAAAGAAAAAAAAAUAUUGGCAAGUGUUUUGAAUAUACCAGUGACUACAUGUAUAAGCCAGGAUGACGUCAACGAAGGCGCCAUAGUGUAAAGUGUAUUCUGUGUAUUAUUGGUGUUCAAGCCGGGAAACAGCCUACCAGUGCCAGUACCACAUAGGGGCUUCGGGAGCCGGGUGAAGCAGUGACGUGGCAGUCUCCUAUUGGUGUAAGCUUUAUGCAUUAGCAGUAACGUAAAGAAAAAAGAAAAACUAAAAAAAAAAAAAAAAAAAAGUUCCCAAAGCUACGUUGCCACCUAGCGACAAUACGUCAACAGCGAAGACUACAAUCAUUCCAAGAACCAGAUGAGUAGCCGUUUUCUGUCAUCUGUCAUGUCAUCCAUCACUUGACAAGCUACCUUGACCCCCAACCCCCCGAGUCCCCAACAACCAUGUCAGGCGCCAGUCCCCCCCUCGCCAACCAAAACUAAAACCACACAGGAGAGUCUAGCUGUUUAAACCUGAUCUAAUGUUUCCAGUUGCUUCUCCUACUCUGGUAUUGUAUAAAAUAAGAGUUUCGAUACAAAAUUGAUGUUUCCCACUAGGAAAAACCCAGUAUAUAUAAUAUAUGCUAGAUUGUAGCGGGAGGCGAAACUAAACUAGGUGUUAUUGAGUACUACUAGUAUACCACACAGGUUACAAAGGAUAAUCAGAAGUGAUCAGCAGUAAUGGUAUCUCUUCCGAAGUGAUCUCUGUACACAGAGGACCAGCUAUGUAGAUGGUUCUGUCCAAAAGAUGGUUCGACAAUAGAGAUGGUUUCCCCCAAGGAGAGAGGGAUCCCUUUCGUAUAUAGCUGAGCCAUCUUUUUUUAUUUUUUCCUUUUUUUUAUCAAUGGUCAAGUUCUCCUUGAUGCAACUGGUCCUUCAUAUGAUUAUUCUACCUAAGAGGAAGGGGUCUUCAAGGUGCACCCACUGACCGUUCCCUUCGACGUCCAAUCACGCCCUUGCGGGACAUAAGCGUUCAGUCAGUGUACCCUUUGGAGUCUUUUCCCCUUCCUCGUUCAAAGAUGGUUCCAUGUUCGCAGAUGGUCCGCUUACAGAGAUGGUCCCUCAAACCCCCCCUUACCAGAUGGUCGCUCUCCGGAAGGAAUAGUUGUAUGGGCAAAAACAUAAGAAAACACGCGAGAAAUAAGUAUGAAUAGAUAACAACCUGAAACCAGUCCAUAUCACAAAGUAUCCACAUCUUAUGCUCAAUAAAUACUUCGUAAAUUUUCUCUCUCUCUUUUAUAUAUAUAUAAUUUAUUUUUCUUAGAUUUGUUUUCUUUAGUUUUGAUUUCCAUUUUCUAUUUAUUUACUUACUCUCUGAAGUCAUAUAUUUUCUCUAUCUCUCCUUUUUUUCGGGAAUAUAUUGAUUUCAUCUGGGGGUACGUACGUUGAUCCGCCACCACAAACAAACGAAAUGUUGCCCAUAUAAUGCUAUUCUGCUGAACGUGUGUUGCAUGUUGAAAGACGGGUAAUGGAACAAGAAGACGACGAUAAUAAGUAAACUAAAAAAUAACAAAAAACACACAAAAACAAAAUAAAAAACAAUUAAAAAAAGGCUCAUCUAUGGAAGGCUCUGUACGAGAAAGACCUUGGCUCGGCCUUAUGGGGUCCCUGUGCUUGUAUUCACGGGAAUAGAACGGGACCAAAGAAAUAAAAAAUGAUGAUAACAAUAAAACGAAGGUUGUGUAAAAAGAAGAAAAAAAAGAAAAAAGAAAAAGUGGAUCUCCAU